AUGUCUCACUUAGAAGCACGGAUUGCUCUGCAGAGGAGCAGGUUCUCUCUUAUUGAAAAUGCUGCUGACUUCGGCGAAUCAGAGGGCUCAGGUUUGUCUCGUCAGUUGGUAGUUACACGGAUGGACAUGCUCGAACAAAACUGGAUGAAGUUCCAGGAGGAGCAUGUAAACAUGUGCCUCACGGAGAACGAAGCCUUAAGCGAACAACCUUACCUGAAGGAGCGAGUAUAUGAACGAUGUCACGCAUUUUAUGUGUACUCUCGUGCCAAAUUGCUCACUCAGCGAGACGAGUUCGACACUCUUGAUCGACACUCUAGAUCCUCACUUUCAGACCAUGUAGCAGCCCCGUCAUCAUUGCCUCGUAGUGCUUUGCCACGAAUAAAGUUACCGAGUUUCGCUGGAGACUACAAUACAUGGAGGGCAUUCCACGAUUUGUUCACUUCGCUCAUAAAGGAGAACGCAGAUCUAACGAGCGUAGAGAAAUUACACUACCUUAAGACGUGUCUCACAGGAGAAGCAGCCCGGUUAAUAUGCAACCUACCCGCUUCAGGAGACAACUUUACAGUUGCGUGGUCUUUGUUACUGUCAAGAUACGAGAAUAAAAGGUCUCUCAUCACCACACAAUUAGACAGGAUUACAAGCUUAAAGCCGCUUAAAACGAAGUCGGCUCAGGGUUUAAGAACCUUACACACGACUCUAUCGGAAGCAUUAGGUGCCAUGCGGGCCUUGGGAUGUGCUGUACAUCAAUGGGAUCCGCUACUUUUGCAUCUCAUCGUAAAGCUAUUGGAUCCAGAAACACGCGAAGCCUGGGAAGUUCAGCUUGGUUCCUCGCCGACCUAUCCCACAUACGCUCAAUUCGAGGAGUUUCUCAUCGGACGAACGAGAGCGAUGGAAAAUCUUGGCCAACAAGCCAUAACCACCGGAUCACAUAAGGCACACUCAAUUGAGUCAGCAGGAAAACCACGCCCGAGGGUUACAGCUUAUGCCGCUACAUCUUCUUCCGAUACAGGUUCAUGCCCGCUCUGUGAAUCCGCGCACUACCUAGCGAAGUGCGAUCGUUAUUCAGCGAAGACCGUACAACAAAGAAGAGACGUGAUCUUGAAACACAAAAGGUGUUUUAAUUGCCUCGGUCCCCACUCAGCAAGCAAAUGCCAUUCUACAAGAAGAUGUCAGAAGUGUGGGAAAAAACAUCACACCACAAUUCACGAUGGCAGUAGCGCAAGUUCUACAAAGCACACAACGGAGGGGAAGACGAAGACUGAUAAUGCCCAAUCCUCAGCUCAGCCGCAAAAUCCACCUCUGACACAAUGA